AUGGAUAUUUUAAGCGUCCAAAACGAGCCCUUCAGCGAUAUUUCUAUUGAAUGUUUUCAGUACCACACUUACUUGCCCUAUAAUUCCGCGGCCCUUUUGUACAACGACGAGAUAAAAAUUCCAAUUCAAGAUUUAGAGGCUCUAACUCUUCCAAGUAAUAGCUAUAUUUACAUUGAAGGACAAAUUUUAACAGAUAAAGAUGCAGUGCCUACAAAACUGAAAUUUAUUAAUAACGCUAUUGCCUAUUUGUUUCGAGAAAUCAGAUAUGAGAUGAAUGGAGUUACUUUGGACUCUGUUAGAAACUUGGGCCUAGUUUCUACUCUCAAGAAUUAUUUAUCAUUAAACGAUAACACAUCUAAGCUUUUGAUUAACGCAGGAUGGUGCCCACAAGAAAAAGAUAAGAUUUUGAUUGACACGAAGGGAAAUUUUAAUGUUUUUAUUCCUCUAAAACUUUGGUUAGGCAUAUUUGAGGAUUUUAAUAAGGUUGUCCUUGGAUCUAGACAGGAAUUGAUCUUAAUACGAGAAAAAGAUGACCUCGAUGCAGUUAUAGCAUCAGAUGAAACAGAAAAUCCCAAAAUAAAGUUGUCCAAGAUAUCAUGGCAUGUUCCUCAUAUUACACCUAGCAUCCCACAACAACUAAUAUUAAAUAAAAUUAUUAAUAGCAACAUUGAACUACCCAUUAAAUUUAGAAGCUGGGAGCUAAUCGAAUACCCUGUUUUACCAAAUUCCACGAGACAUACGUGGCCUGUCAAAACAACUACUAAAUUGGAAAGCCCUAGACACGUUAUCAUUGCAUUUCAAAACAAUAGAAAAGGAAAUUUGUUAAAGGACAUGAGUCAAUUCGAUCAUUGCAAUCUCAGAAAUAUUCGCGUUUUUCUAAAUUCUAACAGAUUCCCGUACAAUGAUCUAGAACUAGAUUUUGAAAGUAACCGAUUUGCUACUUUAUAUGAGAUGUUUGCGAAUUUCCAAGAAUCCUAUUAUCAUCUAACAAGUAAUCAACCCCUGUUAACUCCACAAGAAUUUAAGACAAUGGCACCCAUCAUUUACAUAGAUGCCUCAAGGCAACCAGAAAUUAUCCAAAGCGGCUCUGUUACAAUGAGAAUUGAAUUUGAAACUACUCAACCAAUAGGCACUAAUAUUUCAGCAUAUUGUCUGAUUCUGCACGAAAAAGAAUUUUAUUACAAUCCUCUAACGAAAAUAGUAAGACAAGUAUAA